UUUUCUCUCUCUACACUCUCUCGUACUCCCCUCACUGUCACCCCGGCGAUGGACGAAUGCCACACGAGGAAGCGAGUUCGCCCUGACUCGGACUGUCGCUCGCCCGACUCCUCCAAGCAUCCCCGAGUCCGCGCCGAUUCCGAUGUUAACUCCUCCGAGUCAAGUGACGGGUUUCAUCUCGGGCGAGUUGAACCCGUCCUUGACUCGUCCGGGGUUAACGAGAUUCAAGAUGAUCUCUUUAGCAUGCUCAAUGAUGCGGAGAAUGUGACCGACCGUGACCCCAUCAUGCCCGUGCAGGGCCUUGACUCUGUCAUUAAAAGCUUCGAAGAAGAAAUACUCGCCCCGGGUUCGGAUCCGAACCCGAACCUUACACCCGAGUUUAAUCCAAACCUAGGGUAUCUAUUGGAAGCCUCCGACGAUGAACUAGGGUUGCCGCCGACGAUUACGCCGACCGAGGAGACAGGAAAAGAGGAUUCGUGUCGGGUCGGACCGGAAGGGGUGGAUCUAACCGGGUUUCUGGGGUUUGAGGAUGAUAUUGGGAGCUACGAAGGGUUUGGAUUGGUGGGGUGCGAUGGUGAGGAUAACGGUGGGGGUUAUGUAACGAUAGAUGGGUUGUUCGAUUAUGCGGAAGCUCCCGCCGAUAUUUUGUGGCGAUCGGAGUCGUUACAAGCUAUGUAGAAGUGGUGGCGGAGCGUGUGGCAUAUUGGCACGUGUAAAUCUGUCUAGAUUUUAGGCACAGAAGAUAACGUAGGUGGUAGAUGUGAAAAAUCUAGAAAUAUAAAUUUGUUGUUUGAGUUUGUUUAUUCAACUGAAACGAACAAAUAGGGCCCUGACUUGAGAAGUGUUCUUUAAUCUUUAUAUUAAAAAAUGUUUAAAAAUGUGAAUCUAGACAUGGUUAAAAAAAUUAUUGUCCUUGGCGAUAAAGAAGAAGAAUGCAUGAAUGUGAUCCCAGUGCUGAACGCAGAUUCAAUGUGUUUUGUUACUAUCGUUGUCUUCGGUUUUACUGGCCGGCUCCGAUUCAGCUUCUUCAGGAAAUUUAAUAACUAAAUAUAUGUAUUUUUUAAAACCCUUUCAAUUCUGUAUGAUAUAAAAUUUGUUGC